AUGCAGUUCACUCACCUUAAGCUUUUUAAGCUUUACGCUGCCGUUGCACUCAUAGCUGCUCCUGCAGUCCUUGCACAGGGAUUCGCCGCAACCUGUGGUAGCUCAGGUAGCGAGAUCGUUGGAACGACGUUCUAUGCAACUUGCACCACCGACUCGGGGGCACAGCAGUCCACCUCCAUCAACUUGGACAACUGCGUUGCCAACUAUAAUGGCAACUUGGCAUGCGCUACCAAUGGUGGAUACGGUGGAUCGUGCUCUGGGUGUGAGAUCGUGACCGGCGUGCAAUACAUGGAGUGCUACUGCACAGACGACGCUGGCCAGCAGGAGGCUUCAAUUCUGGAUCUUGACAACUGCCUCAGUAACUACAAUGGCAACCUUGCUUGCUGA